AGUGCGUGUACGCGUAGCUCACUGAGACUGCCGAGGUGCUGCAGCGUCGCUUCACGGGUUUGCCGCCCCCCUCCUUCUCCUUCUCUCCCCUCCAUCCUUCACUUACGCAUCGUUUUGUGUGUCUGCACUGUGCAGGGAAGAGUCUCACACCGUCGAGCGACAGCAUUUUUUUCCCCCCAAAAGAAUAAGAACAAUAGCCUCCUCCGCAACCAAGAAGCGGGUUGGGGAGUGGGGCGGGGGGACUGCGCAGCCUCUCUGUUUCCAGUACGCUUUUUUUUUAAUUCUUGAGGGGUUCUCCUCUCUCUUUCGAAGACGGCACAACUACUCGACUGAACUCGCUGCGCCCUUCUUUUCCCCAUUUGCGGUGUUCAACACCCUCUGCGCUGAGCGACUUCAUCCUUGGUUUUCUUGAAUUCAGUCCUUUCUCUUCCUCUCCGCACGCCUGAGACAUGGAAAGGGCGGCGACGACGUCCAGCGAAGGCAGUUCCACGAGCAUCGAGCUACACCUCGGUGGUCGCGCCUCACACGUCACGCUGCACGCCGCCCCGCACGCCACCGUCGCCGAUUUGCUCUCCGCCGCCAUCGUAGCGGCAGCUGCCUCCCCGGCCGCCGUCGCUGCCGCCUCGCUGACGCCACGCGUACUCGCGCGGGACUACGACUGCGUGGACACGACUGGAAAUCAAAUUGCCCUGCCCACGCUGGCUUCUGCGGCUCCUGCGUCUCUCAUCGUGACAGAGAAGAGCAGCGGCCGUGGCAGCCACAGCAACCCCCACCACAGCAGCAGCAGCAGCAGCCGUGGCAGAGGACGAGGUAGAGGACGUGGGAGAGGGGGACGCGGAGCCGCUGGUGCUGGUGGUGGUCGUGGCCGCGGCGGCGCUGCCGCGAGGGCGCGACUUCCUCGCGGAGGCAAGAGCAGCCGCCACAGCAACGAUGGCGGUGACGAGGAGGACGGCACCGACGCGAACGGUAGCCACGCGGACCGGGAUGCCGAGGACGAGGGAAGUGGGGUAGAGGAUGGUACGAGCAGCGUCGAAGAAGAGGAGGGCGAUGACGAGGAUGGCGUGGCGGGGCAGGAGGACAGCAGCGAGGACAGCGAUGACGAAGACGACGCAGCCGAAAGCAGCGGCGAGGACGAGGAAGGUGCGAGCGACACGGAAAGCGAAGAAGAGGAGGUCGUAGACGAGGAGGAGGCGAGCGACGGCUCGUUCUCCAGGUCGACCACCGCCAGUACAGCGACGACGACGACGACGACGACGACGCGCGCACGACGUGGUGGACGCGGUACAGCAGCAGGAUCGUCAACUGCUUUGCCCGGGCGCGGUCGUGGCCGGGGUCGUGGCCGGGGUGCCGGCCGCGGGGGUCGGCCGCCUGCCUCCGCGCCGUCCGCGUCUUCGCUUCCUUCCGUUGCGCCGGUGAGCUCGGCUGGGGGUGCUCCCACUGCCUCCGCCCAGCCGCCUCGGCGCACCCGCCGCGCCGCCGCCACUCCGCUGCUUUUUACACCCGACGGCCUACCUAUUAAACGAAAGCGCGGGCGACCCCCGAAGAGUCAGCAGUUGGCGUUUGCGGCUGCCGUCGCGGCCGCCGCUGCCGCUGCGGCGUCUUCAGCUGGUGGUGUCGGGACGACCUCGCAACCCACCGAGAAAUCCGCGCGACGGACGCGGCGAGGUGCCACCUCGGAUGCGCCAGCAGCGGAGGAGGUGAAGCCACGCCGUGGUGGUCGGCGACGUCGCGUAGACGUCAUUGCGGAGGCCCACGCCACAGCGCAGCGUAAAGCGGACGCGGCCGCACCGUCUAUGACGGCAGCAGACAAGGAGAGCGUCGUCACGGUGACCGGGUUGGAGGAGAUCGGCGUGUCUGCGGGCACAACACGUGGCGGACGACGUGCAGCCGCCGCCGCUGCAGCAGGAGGAAGCGUUGUGGAGGCGACGUCGAAGCGCAGCCGCUCGCCCUCCUCGUCAUCGCUCGCCGCCACUGCCGCUGCUGCUGCGGGUGACGUCGCGGAUGGCGCGAUGGGCGGACGGGCUGGUCGGCCGUCGCGUUCAAGCAGCGCGUCUCCACAUUCUACGCCGCCUACUGUGGGCGCCGCAAAGGCCGUCGCGGGAGGUGCGGUGGACGAUUGGUCGAGGCCAUCCGAAGGAAGGCCCGAGCUCUCGGCGUACUCGCUGCGCGCGCAAAACCUGGCGUCGCUGGAGCAGCAGCAAAGGCGGCAGCGUCUACACGAGGAGGAAGAGCUGGCCUUGCGGACGCCACGGCGGCGGGUGCGGCUGACGUACAACGUCUUCUAUCCAACGCCAUCGUUGUUUUCGCCUGCUCCUGCCGCCGCUGAGGCCGCUGCCGGCCAGGAUGGUCCUGUGACGCCGGCGUUGUCGCGAUACGCGUGGAACACCGCCCCGACUGCCUUCUCUGAAUUCCCGCAGGUGCAAACUUCGCUGUCGGCGCUGCUCCAAGAGGUUUCUUCACGUGCUGCAGCUGUCGUCACUGCUGUUGGAGCGUCACCCGCACCCACAGCAGCCCCGGCAGAUGUGGCGGAUUUGCAGGUGUUGAGCACCGAGGCGUUGCGCACGGUGGCGGGGUGGCGCGCCGGUGCGCAUCGCACCCCUUCACUGCUGCUGAGCCACCCGUACGCACCGUGGCUGCUGCCCGGCAUACGUCUAUACCGUGUCUCUCCGUGGAAGGCUUAUUGCAGCAACAGCGAAGCCGCUAACGACAGCGAUCAGCUCGCCAUAAAACAGCGCCAAAGGUUGAAGAGCGAGAACUUGCCCGUGAAGCAUGAAGUGGACGACGACGACGACGAGGAGGAGGAGGGCGGCCGUUCCCCCUUACUCCUUCGCCCCCACCACCACCACCAUAAUCACAAAGCUGAUCACGCGACGUCGACACCGCGGUACUGGUGCUACGCAAAUCAAUCGCUCGUUGUCCCGCUCGUCGUCGGCGGGUGCGUGCAGCUCGUCAACCCGGAGAGCAAAGACAAGAGUCACCAGUGGACCGUCUACGUGCGUGGGUUGUGGAACGGACACCCGGAGGAGGUCGCCAAUCCGAAUCCCAGCUCGUCAUCCUCUCCGCCUGCCUCGCCCUCCACGGUCACGCAACCCGCGCCACUGUCAAAGGGGAGUGCGCCGGGCAUGAGCGAGUCGCAGACCUCGACCUUCAGCACCUCCGUCGCGAGUCCGAACGACUACUUAUCCGACUUCAUUGAGAAGGUGGUCUUCGUAUUGGAUGAGAGCUUCGUGCCGUGCGUGCGCACCGUCGCGUCCGCUCCAUUUGAGUUAAGCGAGGUGGGGUGGGGGGAGUUCAUUGUUUCCAUCCACGUACAUCUGAAGCUCCCCGCCCACACCCGCGCCGCGAAGCGGACGCGGCGCCAACUUCUCCAGUACUACUGCGGCUACAACGGACGAACGGUGAUGCAGACCGCAGACGGGCGCGGUACGAAGCCGCAGGACCCUGUCUCCACCUUCAUGGGAGGCGGGGCGCGCGAUCCGAACAGUCUGUGGACUGCCUUGGCGACACCUCUGCCGACGACUGCGGGAUCGAUGCCGCCGACGCCCGCGCGUCCGCUGGCCGAUCUGCGCGACCAACUGCAAUACGACAGUCUGCUCGACAUCAACUCCAACAGCGGGGCGCGCAUGACGUACUAUCGUGGCCCGUAUUUGCCCCCGCACCUUGAGUCCUGCGACGUCUCCUCCGCGAGCGAAGGCAGCACGAGCGAAGAAGAGGCGGAAGAGGAGGAGGAUGCCACGGACGGGAAGAGGACGGCGAACUCCGCAGGCGCCUCCACCGACGAAGGAGGACCGGAGGCCACCACUCGGCGAAGUGGAGCUGUCGGAGAGAGCAGGCGCUCGAAUGACGUCAUACUCGGUGGCGCGGUGAGUCGAGACGCGAGUGAGGAGAACCGUACGAGCGCCGUCGCUGCGGCUGCCACUGCCAUCGACUCCGCCCCGACAUCAUUCCCCGCCCAACCGGAACUGCCGCCAUCCAAUCCGUCGGCGUCCUCUUCGCCGUCGCGCAGUGGCAGUGCAACGCCGAAUGCGACCUCGCAGGACGCGAUGGGUACGCUCUCCCAUCGAAUGACCCCUUCCAACGGCAACCACAGCAACAGCAACAGCCUCAGCCCCACUGGCGGAGCGGCAGAGGUGGACCCCGACGCCCUUCUGGAAGGAAACGUGGGGUGCACCUCUCGAGCAGCGACCUCACCGUUGUUGCGCACCGUCGGUGCUCUCCCUUCCUCGCCGCCGCCGGCUGCCCGUCGUGGCCCGGGCCGUCGUCCGCGUCGCUUUGGAUCGGCCGCCUCUUCACCUUCAGCGUUGGGCGGACGUGGUGGUACUCCUGGCAGCGCGACGGCGACGACGACAGGAGCUUCUGCACCUGCCGUGGGGAAGAAGCAGUUUGUUGAGGUGCACGUCGGGCACGGCAGCAACGCCGUGGUGCUUCAGCAUUUGCUGCGCUUCAGCCACCGCCCCCGCUACCCAGCCGCCAUCCCGCCUGCACGGGAUCCGCGCACGCAGGGCCCGCGACCGGAGCUGCUAGGCUACACGAUGGUGGCGGAGCCGGUCGUGACGGAGCAGUACGAUGAGCUGGUUAUCCCAUUGGACGUGUUCUGUGAUGCCGAUGGCGAUACACCGAGGAGUGACACGACAAGCGACUGUGCCGCGGCCGACGGCGCCAGCUCUGCGCCGAUGACGAGAGCGAUUUCUCAGCCCCGUGUUCAACGAGUUCUGGAGGCAGCGAGCAGACUGGAGGCUCGUCUUCGCGCUACGCUGCGCCGCCAGCUCUCCCUCCACCUCCACGCAUCAUCCGCAGCCGGGCAGCCCAGCAACUUUGUGCUGCCGCUAAGCAACGUCGAGGCGCAAAUUUUGGGUCACCCGGGCGGCAUCUCCGCCUGGCCCAACGUGGUGGACUACGGGAACGGCAUCGAGCGCGACACGGCGUACACCGCCGCCUACCUCAGCAGCGUUGCCCGCAGCGCGGAGGAGGACGGCUGGCUGUCCGCGUCGCUGCGGCAGACCCGCAAGGACUUGUUUCGCUCGCCCACGCAGCUGUGCGCGCUGGUGCCACUGCUGUCCGACGGCGGCGACGCAGAAAACGAUGCGCGUGUGGAAGAGGAGCCUCACGCGUCGAGCCGCCGCCGCAGCAACGACAACGACGACGACGACAAAGGCAGCGCAUCGAAGGGGGUACCCACCGUCGAUCCACCCUUCUCGUUGGCCAAGAACAGUAGCAACAUGGCGUGGGUGACGGCACUCGAGUAUGACCUGGCCGCGCUACUGAUGCGGCUGCCGUCUGCUACAGCACACAGCGUCUUCUUCGAUUUGCUGCUGCCACGCGCAGAUGAGCUCGGGGCGGCAGUGUGGACGGAUGUGCGUCGUGGCAUCGCCGCCUUCUGUAAUCAGCACCAACACCAGAGCAGCACGAAGUCGGCGGCGACAUCUGCCUCCUGCGUGAAGGACGAGCCGCUCUGGGGGACGUCGGCGCUGCAGCAGCCGGAUAGCAACGGCGAAGAGCAGACGCACGUCGGCGUGGGUGAUGGCAGUGCACAAGGAGGGCCGCCGCCGCAACACCAACUUUUCUCGUCGUCUAAUGCAGCGGUGGUGGACGAGAUGCUGAUGUCGUCCCCCGCGCAUUUGUCGCGCGCCUACCCGCUGUGCACCUUGCGCAGCACCGACACCGGUAUCGCCGCCCUGCGCAGCAGCCACACGACGGCCGCCUCUCGUGCCCCAUCAGCUUCCAUACCCUUCUCCACUUCUACUCAUGCCGCUGCGAGCACCACCGUCAACGCGCAGGCUGGCUUAUUGAACUUGGGCGCCUCGGCCGCAUCGGCCACGGCGCACCAUCCCACCCACGCCAGCGUCGCGGCAAAGACGGCCGCAUCGAGUCCGCUUCUUUUCCACGCCAGCGGUGGCGGCGGCAGCAAUAGCAGCAGUCACGGGCACGCACAGCAGGAGGCAUUUAUGGCCUCGCUGCUGCGGGACGGCCAGACACGCGGCAGCUUCGGGCACGACGGCGACGUGGCGCAGCUGCUGUCGUGGCGGACAGCUUUGGAGAGUUCGAUUGACGCGAUGCGAGUCGAAGUCGCGCGUCGGCAGGCGGCGUCGGUGCUGGAGGAGCUGUAG